AUGGCGACAACGACCAAUCUUCUGAAAUAUUAUGGCAACAAAACGACCACGUACACGCAGGUACUGGUGAUGUCAUCGAUCAGUUUGAUGCUAGCAGCAGCAGUGCAUUACCGUAUCCGGAGGCUACGUGACACCAAAAUCAUCCCUCGUCUCAGAACAUCUCAGAAACACAAAGACCAUGAGAAACUCGAGAGAUUCUCUCAUUACGUGGCGAGACAAAUGGGGUUUAAAGACAGAAAAGACUGUCCAAAUCUGUGCAAGUUAGCAGCAGAUUAUAAUAGACCAAAACAUUCAAUUCUACAUGCGGAUACUGAGCCUAAGAGGAAGCUGAAGCAGAUUGUGAUGGCAGCUACAAGAGAACAGAGGAUUAAUAGGGUGACUAAGAACUUAAAAGUGGCGAGAGUGUUCAACACUUUGGUAGAGGAGAUGAGAGCAAUGGGGAUAGCUUCUGUGGAUGACUCACAGUGUACUGAAGUUAUGGAACCAGUGGCUCAUAAAGACAGAAGCCCGGUUCUACUCCUCAUGGGUGGUGGGAUGGGUGCAGGGAAAAGCACUGUGCUUAAAGACAUACUCAAAGAAGCGUUUUGGGCAGGAGCAGACGCUGUGGUGAUUGAAGCCGAUGCAUUCAAAGAAUCUGAUGUCAUUUACAGAGCCUUAAGCUCUCGUGGACAUGUAGAUAUGAUCCAGACAGCUGAACUGGUUCACCAGUCAUCAACAGAUGCAGCUUCAUCGCUGCUAGUGACAGCUCUAAACGAAGGAAGAGACGUGAUAAUGGAUGGGACACUCUCUUGGGUACCAUUUGUGGUGCAGACAAUAACAAUGGCGAGGAACGUGCACCGUCACCAUUACAGAAUGGGACCUGGAUACAAGGUUGAUGAUGAUGGCGUCAUCACAGAGGAUUACUGGGAAAGGAUUGGUGAAAGACAACAGCUGCAGGAGGAUGGGAGGAGGAGAAAACCGUAUAGGAUAGAACUAGUUGGAGUCGUCUGUGAUGCAUAUUUAGCGGUUAUAAGAGGGAUUAGGAGAGCUAUCAUUUGUAGAAGGGCGGUUAGGGUGAGAUCGCAGCUGAGAUCACACAAAAGGUUUGCAGAUGCGUUUCCUACGUAUUGCAGCCUUGUUGAUGGUGCUAGGCUCUACUGCACCAACGCUCUUGAAGGCUCACCAAAGCUGAUAGGUUGGAAAGAGAAGGAGAAGACGUUACUAGUGGAUCCAGAGGAGAUAGACUGUUUAAAACGAGUGGGAGGUUUGAACGAGAACGCAGACUCCAUAUACCAGCUCUAUAGCCAACCAAACCCAGCUUGUGAAGCCGGUUCAAUCUGGAAAGACAUUGUUCUUUCACCUUCAAGGUUUAACAUUCAACAGGAACUCAAAUACUCUAUCCAGAAAGUUGAAAGAUCUAAACAACAACAACAAAAGCUCAAAUGA